AUGUAUCCAUGUUCCUGUGGUGUCGUUUACGAGCAUCAAUCACAAGUACUUGACUGCGCAAAAGCUGAUCAUUAUCAACGACCAAAUAACAAUAAUAAUCGAAUCAUUCCAUCUCAAGGUCAACAAGCAAGUGCUCGAACUCAACUAAUAGACAACAAAAGAACUUUCGAAGAUCAUGGACAAUUAGAUCAUCAACAAAUAGAUGAUUCAAUUAAUUAUAAUGUUUGUUCAAUAUUAAUAUCAACUUUAUGUGAAUUAACUGAACGAUCAUAUACAAUACAAUAUCAAAAGGCAUCAAAACAACAUAUUAAUAUGGAUGUACUUAAUUCUCUUAUAUCAUUAAUAACAUUUUUUGUUAAAAUUGAAAGCAAAAAUAGUCCAUUAUUAUUAAAACAAUUAUUUGUUCAUAUAUUUUUUAAUCCUGCUAUAUGGAUUUAUUGUUCAAUUGAUUAUAGUUUUAAACCAAAAGGUUUAGAUGGAAAUCGACUAACACGUGAACAAAUUAUUGAAAUGAGACAUUAUAUGUUACUCUAUUUAAAACAAUUUGUUAUAAGUAGUUCUGGUACUCAAGAAGAAGAACUUCAAGCUAUUCUUAAUUAUCUUCAUACAGGUUAUUAA